AUGGGGUUCAACGUGCCCGUCAUCAACCGAGAUUCGGAAUUAUUGAAACAAGAAGCGAAGAAAUGGUUGGAACAACAGGAUAAUCAGAAGAAAUGUGUUCUGGUGAUUGUAUCGAUUGCCCUACUUCUGGAUAAUAUGCUAUAUAUGGUCAUCGUUCCGAUCAUCCCAAAAUACCUUCGAGACAUUCACAACUACGCGGUCACUUUUGAAGGAUACCAUAAUGAAACACAACGUCUGGCAAAUGGAACUUAUUUGGUUCGAGAAGUCGGUGGAAGGAUUGAGUAUUUGGACGAGGAACUUGAGCUGGGAUGGCUUUUCGCUUCAAAGGCACUUCUUCAGAUCUUUGUCAACCCGUUCUCUGGAUACAUCAUCGAUCGAGUUGGAUAUGAGAUUCCAAUGAUUUUGGGAUUGUGCACCAUGUUCUUCUCAACAGCUAUUUUUGCACUUGGAAAGAGUUAUGGAGUUUUGCUUUUCGCUAGAUCUCUACAGAAUACGAACAAUUCGAUUUGGAGUCUUCCUUCUCUUUUUGUUCGUCUUCCCCCUCCCUCCAAUUUCACUAAAUUGAGAGGACACCACACCGGUCCGGGGACUACUCCAUCUCUUUUUUUGUACAUAAAUUUCGAUUCUUCUUCCCGAAUCGCAGCAGUAUACCACAAAAAAAGAAAACCGAGAAGGAAAAGGAUUUCUGAAAUGUCUCUGCGUCUCCAUCCCUUCCCAUACUAUUUCGUUAGUCAUCGUCUUCCCCUAGUCGGCUUUGGAUCCGCAUUCGCUGACACCUCUGGCCUUGCCAUGAUCGCUGAUCGAUUCACUGAAGAAAACGAGAGAUCUGCUGCGCUUGGAAUCGCUCUAGCAUUCAUUUCCUUCGGAUGUCUUGUUGCUCCACCAUUCGGAUCUGUGCUCUACUCACUUGCCGGAAAACCUGUGCCAUUUUUGAUCCUUUCAUUUGUUUGCCUUGCUGAUGCCAUCGCCGUAUUCAUGGUUAUCAAUCCGCAUAGAAGAGGAACCGAUUCGCAUGGGGAGAAAGUUCAAGGAGGGAGAACCCCAAUGUGGCGCCUCUUCAUGGAUCCAUUCAUCGCCUGCUGCUCCGGCGCUCUCAUCAUGGCCAAUGUCUCUCUGGCCUUCCUUGAACCAACCAUCACCACCUGGAUGGCCGAAGUCAUGCCAGAAACUCCAGGGUGGCUCGUCGGUGUCAUCUGGCUUCCACCCUUCUUCCCUCACGUCCUCGGAGUCUAUGUCACUGUCAAGCUCCUUAAAUCAUUCCCCGGAUACACAUGGGCCAUCGCUAUGAUCGGUUUGGCAAUGGAAGGAAUCGCCUGCUUUGCAAUCCCAUAUACCAAUUCUGUCAUGCAACUCGUCAUCCCACUCUCGUUCGUCUGUUUUGGAAUCGCUCUUAUUGAUACCUCACUUCUUCCUAUGUUGGGACACCUUGUGGAUACUCGCCACGUAUCUGUCUAUGGAUCUGUCUAUGCCAUUGCUGACAUCUCCUACUCUCUUGCCUACGCCUUCGGACCGAUUAUCGCCGGUUGGAUUGUCACUAAUUGGGGAUUCACUGCUCUUAACAUCAUUAUCUUUAUCACCAACGUUGGAUAUGCUCCAGUCUUGUUCCUUUUGAGAAAAGUUCAUUCAUAUGAUGCUCUGAGUGGAAAUGCUCCUGCUACUCAAAAUGGAGAAAUGACUCAACUAAACAAUACUCCAGGAUACAGUCAAGUCGGUGGAAAGACCGAGACUACGGUUUUCAAUGAUUCCUACCAAGGAUGGGAUGAUCAACAAUCCUACCAGAACCAAGCCACUAUUCCGAAUCAUGGAAUACCACAAACAGAAUACCCUGCUGGAUUCGACCCAUUGAAUCCGCAGUGGUAG